CGCUCAGACUUUCCGCAGUUCUGUCUUCACACGGUGCCAGGACAGCUCAGGAUGGAUUUCAUCAUCAGGCGCGCGGUAGUCCGCGCUCACGCCUCCCACUUCGCUUCCCAUAGAGCGAUCUGUGUUUGAACGGAGGAACCCAUUUGCUCCUGUGGACAGAAUGACAGGCGAGCGGAGGGACGGAGACGCUGACGAGGAGUUUCUGCAUUCGCCCUUCAUCCGAAAGCAGGGGAACAUAUACAAGCCAAACAACAAGGACAUGGACAACGACAGCGUAAACGAGAAGACGAUGGAUGAUGUCCACACCAAGGAGAUAGAUCUAGUCAACCGGGACCCCAAACAAAUCAACGACGACGUUGUUAAGGUGGAUUUCGAGGACAUCAUCGCAGAGCCAUCAGGAACCUAUAGUUUCGAUGGCGUGUGGAAAGCCAGCUUCACCACCUUCACCGUCACCAAGUACUGGUGCUACCGGCUGCUGACGGCUGUGGUCGGCAUCCCCCUGGCGCUGAUCUGGGGGAUCUUCUUCGCCAUCCUGUCCUUCUUGCACAUCUGGGCCGUGGUGCCGUGCGUCAAGAGCUACCUGAUCGAGAUCCACUGUAUCAGCCGCGUGUACUCCAUCUGCGUGCACACCUUCUGCGACCCGCUGUUCGAGGCCAUGGGCAGGUGCCUCAGCAGCAUCCGGAUCCGCACCACCAAGGAGGUGUAGCCUCGCCAAACGGGUGGAGGAGGAAAAAGGCCCGCGGUUGAGGGGGGG